CGGCCGCGGAGCUCGCCCCGCCCGUCGCUCCGCCCCCCAGGAGAGUCGGAGACACCAUGGAGGAGUACCAUCGCCACUGCGACGAGGUUGGCUUCAAUUCGGAUGAAGCCCACAAUAUUGUUAAAGAGUGUAUAGAUGGAGUUUUAGGUGGUGAAGAUUAUAAUCAGAACAACAUCAACCAAUGGACUGCAAGCAUAGUGGAACAAUCCUUAGCACAUUUGGUUAAGUUGGGAAAAGCUUAUAAAUAUAUUGUGACCUGUGCAGUGGUCCAGAGAAGUGCAUAUGGCUUUCACACAGCCAGCUCAUGCUUUUGGGAUACCACAUCUGAUGGAACCUGUACCGUACGGUGGGAGAACCGAACCAUGAACUGUAUCGUCCAUGUUUUUGCCAUUGCCAUUGUCCUGUGACAGACUAAAAAUGUUUGGCCAAAGCCAUUAACUUAAGAAUUUGUCAGUGUAUCCUUUCUAAAAAGAAUAAGUUACUUAUUAAUAUGCUAGAUGACAAGUGUGCAAUAUGCUUCAAAGCUAUCAACAAAAACUGAAUGUUAUAAGCAAGCAAUCUCAUAGUAAAUUGGCAGGUUAGCUCAUAUUCUAUAGGUACAGAAUCAUUUCAGUAGGAAAAAUGUAAUGUCAGCAGAAACAAAUACAGAAACAUGGCAUGACAUGAAAAUACAACCUUAUAUUUACACCAGCUUUUCACUAACAUUAUGUACCUAAGGAGAUAGGGAAAUCCAUUCAGAUAGUAAAAUGAUCUUUCUUUCAGCUUCAGAGAAGUUAGCAGGGAUACAUAUAUGAACAAAAUGCUGCAAGGAUAAAUCUGGAGAAAAUAAUAAUUAGCUAACACUUCUUAUGUUUGUAUUUCUUCUCCUCAGUUGUACCUAUGGCUUAGUAGAAAGUAAUCCUUUUUUUCUCUCAAUUAAUAUCGCAGUGUGCAACUACUAUUAACUUGUUUAUAUUUUCUGAGAAUGAUUAAAACAGUUUUUAAAAUUUCAUAAUCUUGGAUCUAUGUUUGAGGGCGAAUUAAAUCUGGUAAUCUUGAAUUAGCCAGUUAAACAAAAUGAGUUACAGUGUAUGAUGAAAACUAUCUGACUGACAGCUGCCUUACAAUUCACACAUUCUGUGUGUAACAGACACUAUUGAAUGUCUGUUAUGAGCCUAUUUCUCUGCUAGUCAUUAUAGUUAUCAAUCUGCUGUUCACAUUCUAAGUUUCUUUUGGCACCUGUUCAGUUGGACUAUUGACAUUUAUGUUUGGGGAAGAAAAAAAGUUGCUUUACAAGAGAGAGAAAAAGUGAAUCUGGUUAUCCAUGUAGAAGUAAGCAAAGUGAAAAGCACUUAUUGCUGACAAAGAAUCAUAGCUGUAAUUUUAAGAAUUGCUCUUAGGAAGUUAAAAACGCGUGAAGUAUGCAGCUCUUAGUUAAAGGCCUUAUUAGCAGUCUUACUGUACAAGUAGUAAAUUUUAUCAUUGCUUUAGUUACAACCAUCUGUAAAUAUUUUAAAGUACUUAUGUGGGGUUCAAGUUAAUUGGAAUGAAGUAUAAAUUAAAAGUAUACAAUCAUUGGCAAGGUAUUGAAAAUCUCAGGGCUUAUGAAAUGUAGUUAAAUUUAUUUAAAAAUUAAAGUACACAGCUGGCUGCCAAAUGCGAAGUCAAUCUGCCAUUUAAUCUUGAAAAUAAACUCGUGUUUGCAUAUUACCACUAAUGCUAAUACAUAUAGGGACUGGGACCAUGAUUCAUUGAAUUUGGUGGGAAAGAAAAGCUUAGUGUUAAUACUGACACUAUUAAGAUAGUAUUCUUGUAGGAAUACUAUGUGCAUGUUUGAUAUUUUGCUGAGUAACAAUAAUUGUUCAGUGUUUAAGAAGAAUAUUAAGAGAACACAGGGGUAAAGUUUAAUGCAGUGAUGUACAUUUUUGGCCCGUGGGAAAUUCUCAUAGUCAUUACCUUUAUGUUAAUUCAUUCUGCUGGCUUUUGUGCCCUUGAAGAUUACAGUAGUGACCAAAAUAUUUGUGCAGUUAAGACUCGUUUUGAUUAUUGUUAUUGAAGCCUGAUCUUAAAAGAAUAAUAAUCAAAAAUACCUUAUGAACUUGCUAUCUGCUGUUUCUAGUUACAGUAUAAUAAAGAUUAUCUUACUGUGCUGUACUUUUGCUUCUUGAUGAUUAUUGAAUAAAGAAAUGGCAUUGUGCUU